UAUUUUUAGGUUGGUACAGUAAAUAUCUAUAUUAUUAUUAUAGUAAUUAUUGUUAUCAUUAAUAUAGUUAUUAUUAUUGAUAUAACAAUAUGAUGUUAUUGUAAUACUUUUUAUUAUCAAAUUCAAUUUGGAAAAUUACAAUGGGCAUGAAUUUCUGAUCAAGUAUAAGAACCAUACAACGAAAUGUCAUGUAUAUUAUGUAUUUUGGCGCAAUUGUAUAUCGCAUGGUAAAGUACGACGUCAUGACGUCAUUUCCUGUCAUAUUUGACGUUGUAAAACAUUUACUUUAUUGGUGUAUACGACAGUUAUAACUAUGUAGUGAAUUCGUAUUUGUAAACUUUGAUAAAGCCCGUUUGGGCGAAAUAUUAGAAUUAAAGAGUGUUUUUACUAUGAAAUAUGUAAAUAAAAAUGGUUAAAAUUAUUCAAACACAAUUUGCAAUUAUGCAUAAUUUUGUUCGACUGAAACUUAUUGAAGUUCUUAUGAACCUGCCUGAAUAUAACUACAUGUACUAGUCAAAUAUCAACUUCAAAGGAACAAUGGUGUUAUCUUUUCAGUGAUACAUUGUAUGCUGAUUACCUGUGCAGGAGGAAAAUGAAACCAGACAGAUUAUGGACUCAAAUUCAACCCAGAAAAAAGCUAGGAACUUGCAGUCACUGACCCCAAUCAAGAUCCCUGUCGCUGAAAUCAGUGUGACUUCAAAAGGUACCGAAUUCGGUACCUGGGCAGCAGAAAAAGUCAACGAUGGUGUGAUACAUGACAAAUCUAUUCAUCCAACAGCGGACGACUGUAAUUGUUGCGCUUCCCUAUGGAGACCAUCUUGGGUUCAAAUGACACUAAACAGAAUUUAUCUUGUGGAACGAGUUCUUGUUUUGGGACGAGUUGAUAGAGAUAACGGUUACUUUAACGACAUCACUGUUUCUGCGGGUCGCAGGAAAGAAUCACUUCAGAAUGAACAAUUUACGUCGAAAAAUACGACCAUUAAGGAUAUAUUGCUGACUCCUCCACGUGAAAUACAGUUUGUACUCGUUAUGGGACACGGGUCUGGCCUUUAUAUGGAACUGUGCGAGAUUAUGAUAUACCGACAAGCAGACUGCCCCCUCAGAAGUUACAGCGUCUACUGUGCCAAGCAAUGCCAUUGCCUUGAUGGCCCAUGCGACAGUGUCACAGGUGCAUGUGAAAAUGUGAUCUGUGAAGACGGCUGGAAAGGAAAUGCGUGCAAUGAAACUGAGGUGUCGCUUUCUACAAAGUGUCAUUCUGAUAAGUAUUAUUACGCCUUAUUAGCUGUGUCUUCAGUCUUUGGAGUUGUUGUUACGGCUGCAAUAGUAUGUAUUGUGAUAAACAGAAGAAAUAAUCAGCGAUCUGCUGAAGUAGCUCCUGCUAACAGAGAAUCGUCUUCUCCCGAAAUAUACGGCAACUUGCCUCAAACAUCAAGGAACCCUGACAACUAUGACUGCCUUCAAAUGCGAACAGUUGAGUGUCAUUGAAAUCUGUAUUUUCUU